AUGGAAGCAAACGAUUUGCCAAGUCUUUUGGAUCGUAAUAAAGAAUAUUUUGAUAACAUGUCAUCGGAAUAUGAUGCACAUCCUUUUCGUUAUCUUGUUGGAAAGAAAUGUGCAGAAGCAAUUUUGAAAGAGGUUGAAAACCUUGAAGGUUAUGAAGUUAUGGAUUUUGCUUGUGGAACUGAUUUAUGCGCACAUGUAAAAUCAAUUCUUGGAGUAGAUUUAUCUUCAAAGAUGGUAGAUGAAUACAAUAAAAAGGUUUGGCAACAAGGAAUUGACAAAGAAGAAAUGCAAGCAAUUUGUUUAGAAUUAAAAGAGUCCGAGGGAGACCAACUGAAUGGACGAAAAUUCGAUCUUGUUGUGUGUGCAUCAGCGUAUCAUCAUAUUGGGGAUGUUAAAUCAAUGACAAGAGUGCUAGCCAGUUACCUUAAACAAGAUGGAGAAUUAAUUGUUUUAGAUUUGAAAAAACAACCAGAAAUUUCACACAAGUUUCAUGGGGAAGCUAAUAAUUCUAUACAUCAUAAGGGAGGAUUUGAUCAAAAAGAUUUAGAAAACAUAUUCUUGGAAACUGGUAUGCUUAAGGACGUCAGCUCAAAGGUAGCAUUCACUUUUUCAAAACAGAUCGAAAAAGAUGAAGCAGAACAUACAUUUGAAUAUUUGUUGGAGAACGAUCGAUUAAGUUUAGGACACUAUGUUAUGAGAGAAAUAUGGCAAGCGAAUUUUUUAUCACCGAUUAGCGAUACUUUAAGAAAAGGUGCACGAGUUUUGGAUGUUGGUUCAGGUAACGGUACGUGGGUUUGUGAAUUGGCUGCUGACUAUCAAAAAUCCCAAUACGUUGGAGUUGAUAUCUUAAACCUUUAUCCGAGCAUAAGACCAUUCAAUGUUCAAUUCGUUCAACACGAUGUUUUGAAAGGAUUACCAUUUGAAGAUAAUUCAUUUGAUUUCGUACAUGUACGAAUAUUGGUAUUUGAUCUUAAAGAAUCUGGUUGGGACACCUUGUAUAAAGAAAUAUAUCGUGUUUUAAAACCUGGCGGUUGGUUAGAAAUAGUUGAUCCAGAACUUCAUUGGUACAAUUCAGGACCAGUUAUGUCAAAACUUUGUAAUUCAGUAAGUGACCGACUUCGUUCUCAGGGUGUAAACCCUCUUAUAGCAAAACGUCAUAAAGAAUCAAUGCUAUCAAUGCCAGGGUUAACACUAGUGCAACAAGAAGAGAGAAUUUAUCCACUUGGCCCAUGGGCGGGUAAAGUUGGAGUGAUAGCAGCAUCAUUUAUGAAAGAUACAUGUAAAGGGUUUAUAAAAUGGGUUUAUCCUAAAAGGAAUUUCGAAAAAGUGUUAAGUGAAUUAGAUAAAGAAUUCGAAACGUAUAAGUCUUAUUUUAUG